CCCUGUUUGCGAGUGGGAUCAAACCGAAACUCUCCUUUUGUCCUCAAUUCUCUGUUCCAUUCCCUCUUAAACCCUAACACCGCAUAAUGCCUGAACCGGAAUCGCAGAACGGACUUCGACAAGAGCCUGAACCAGAACAAGAACCAAAAUCAAAUCCGAAGCCAGAAACAGAAACAGAACCAGAACCAAAUCCACAGCCAGAACCAAAUCUAGAGCCAGAACCAAAUCCGCAGCUAGAAACAGAAACAGAACCAGAACCAGAACCAAAUCCACAGCCAGAACCAAAUCCGCAGCCAGAAACAGAACCAGAGCCAAAUCCGCAGCCAGAAACAGAACUGGUGCCAACAGAACAAACGCAAACGCAAUUGGAGUUGGAAUCUGGAUCAGUAGCUGAUCCAUCGGUUAACAACGCAGAUCUCAGGGAAACCGCGAUUCAUUCCAAUGAUGCGGAUACCAAUCCUUCACCGCAUCCUCAGCUGCGAAAAGACGAAGGAAGUCGAACUUUCACCAUGAGAGAAUUGCUAAACGGUUUGAAAAAUGAUUCUGAACCGGAGAGAGAAGAUGCCAACUCUCCCUACAGCCCAGAAAGUCAACAGCAACAGCAUUCAGACCAGAACAACGCUGCAAUGGAUUUGAUAAAUAGUGUUGUUGGUGUUGAUGAGGAGGGCCGGUCCCGACAACGGAUUCUUACAUUUGCUGCAAGGAGGUAUGCUACUGCAAUUGAGAGGAACCCGGAAGAUUAUGAUGCCCUAUACAAUUGGGCAUUGGUACUUCAGGAAAGUGCAGAUAAUGUUAGUCCAGAUUCCACUUCACCUUCUAAAGACGCUUUGCUUGAGGAAGCUUGUAAAAAAUAUGAUGAAGCCACUCACCUUUGUCCCACCCUACAUGAUGCUUUCUACAAUUGGGCUAUAGCAAUCUCUGAUCGGGCAAAGAUGCGUGGUCGCACAAAGGAAGCUGAAGAGCUAUGGAAACAGGCAACAAGGAACUAUGAAAAAGCAGUCCAGCUCAACUGGAACAGUCCUCAGGCACUUAAUAAUUGGGGACUUGCUCUUCAGGAACUCAGCGCCAUUGUUCCAGCUCGAGAAAAGCAAAAGAUUGUGAGAACUGCUAUCAGCAAGUUCCGGGCAGCCAUACAGUUGCAAUUUGAUUUCCAUCGGGCAAUUUACAAUCUGGGAACUGUUCUGUACGGAUUAGCAGAGGAUACUUUAAGAACUGGGGGAUCAAUGAGUGCUCAAGAAGUUUCACCAAAUGAAUUGUACAGCCAAUCGGCAAUAUAUAUUGCAGCUGCUCAUGCAUUGAAACCAAAUUAUUCAGUUUAUAGCAGUGCCUUGCGGUUGGUGCGUUCUAUGCUACCAUUACCACACCUUAAAUUUGGAUAUUUAACUGCACCUCCUGUGGGGACAACAAUUGCACCUCAUAAUGACUGGAAACGGUCAGAAUUUCUUUUGGAUCAUGAAAGGCUUCAACAGAUACCCAGAGGUGAACAGAGACAAGUACCUCAAAGUCUCUCUGGCAGAUCAACAGAUGCUGUGAAUGGGGAUAAGAAGACUAUCAGAGUAGAUAUAGCAGAUAUUAUUUCUGUAUCAGCAUGUGCUGAUCUGACUUUACCACCUGGUGCUGGCCUCUGCAUAAAUACAAGUCACGGAUCAGUUUUCUUGGUUGCUGACUCGUGGGAAUCAUUGGAUGGAUGGCUGGAUGCAAUUCGUCUAGUUUACACAAUUUAUGUGCGAGGCAAAAGUGAUGUACUGGCCGGUAUUAUUACAGGAUGAAUUUAAGUUUGUUAAGUGUAUCACGUAUUUGAUCUGUCAAACUAUGUUAGAACGCGUUAUCCAGCUUUUUGUACUUCUCCGUAAACCUGUGUAUAAUAUUGAGUAGCGUAUGAAAAUUUCAAUACAAUUGAAAAAUCUGAGUUUACUCAUGAACCAGCUUGUUGAACCAUGUUUUUACCAAUUAUAUAUUUU